AUGCUGUAUGUCUUCCUUGUUGACACUGGCACUAUGCUAACAUUUGAUAUGAAUCUUGCUGUAGAGAGUGUAAGACAUUUACAGGAUGCCAUAUCGGAUGAUUACCAAAUAUCGGUUGAUAAACAAGUUUUGUUGAUUAGCGGUGGCGAAAAUUUAGACCCUUCCAUGCGGGUUUGCAGUUACAGCGCAGGCACUGAUACCAAUCCAAUUUAUUUAUUCAGUAAGAGUACUAUAGAGUCAUCAUCACCACCGUCUCCUAGUGUGUAUGGUGGGUCUGACGGUGAUCUCAAAUAUCAAGUAGAAGGCUCUCUCAAUAUGCCUGCUACAUAUGAAACUGUUAUAUCCAGAGUACAAUUGUCCUUGCAAAUGCAUGACUUGGCAAAAGAUGAAGUCAUCUGUUGUGAGAGUCUAGUUCAUGAUCAGCAUUUACAGCAACAAGGCUGGGCUGCUGUAGUGGCUAAUUUAGAAGAUAUCAGCAGUGCUUUUCAACAAAGAUCGAAUAUUUUCCGUCAGAAUUUUGAAGAGUUCCUGAAGACAAGGGCUCAAUAUUUCUCCAUGUUACAUGAUUUUAGAAGUGUGCUGGCAUUACUUUUAAAACUACCUUUAUUACCAUGUUUGACUCGCGCUGAAAACACCACGGAUGGCGUGGAAGAUUUAUCCAAGAGUGUGACAUUACUACAGUGGAUAAGCAACCAGGACCAAAGAAGUUCUUUACAGCAGAUGGCAGAGCAGUGUGUGAAAGCUCUUGAACAGUUUGACGAAUCAGUGUUGACAAACAUGAUGGCUGAAAUAAAAACGGCUUUAGAUGCUGUAGACAAUCCUGGGAUGAAAGAAAUCAAGGGUUUGGGUGAUAGGUUAUUUGGAUUAGAACAGUUGAUGGCUGGUGCUAAGAAGAUAGUACAAGAACAAGGAGAUAUGGCUCAGGGUUUUGUACAAAAUCAAGCCAGAGUUAGCAAUCUGAAUGACCCAUCUAUAUUACCGGAUCUAUGUACCAGCCAUCAGAAACAAUUGAUGGUGAUGCUAAAGAAUCACAGUCAAUUAAGAGACAUCAAACGAAGAUGUAUUCUCGCUAAAGAAGAAUUAUCCAUUAAUCUGCAUGCAAGAUUGAGAUGGAUAAUGUACGUUGAAAAGCAGAUCUCAGAUAUUGAUAGUAAGAUGGUGAUCUAUCAUGAGAAUCUGAAAAGGCUUCGUCGUCGUUUAGAGGUGAUUGAACAGAUCUAUUUGUCUCCUAAGCUGUAUGCCAUGGCCGUGGUGGAAGUCUAUCGAAGAAGAACAUUUGCUGGAAAGUUUAUUGAAUGGGCGACUAAGUUGAGUGAUGAAUGUAGUCACAUCCAAGGUGAAGAAAUCACAAGGAGAAUGGAAUUUGCUGAAGUCAUGGGAAAACAUUUUUUACAUACCUUAUUCCCAGGCCUAGACGAUUACCCAUCAUCCUUCGUUGUAAGUACAAUUUUUUCCAGAAUAAUUUAUAUCAUCAUAUUACUAUUAGCCAUUGAUAGAGAAAGUGAUACAACUAUUUUGUGUGUGUGUGCGUGUGGUAACAAUGUUGUGACGAUAUCAAUUUAA